AUGGUGUUUCAGAACUGGUGUUUUACAUCUAAUAAUGCAUCUCAUAAGGGUGGUAGAAUUGUAUUUUCUUGGCAACCUGGGAAGUAUAUGGUGGAUAUAAGAGGGAGUAAUAGUCAGUGGAUCCACUGUUAUGUCUCUCCUCAAUCAGGUGCAAGUGGAUUUGACUGUGUAUUUGUGUAUGCCUUUAAUGAGAGAAAUAGGAGAGAGGAGUUAUGGCAGGGUCUGAAAGAGAUGGCUGGAAAAAUUAAUGGGCCAUGGCUAGUGGGGGGAGAUUUUAACUGUGUUCUUCACAUGGAUGAAAGAAUUGGUGUUCAUGUGAGUAGCUGGGACAUUGAACCUAUCAGAUCAUGUCUUGAUGAAUGUGGUUUAUAUGAUAUGAAAUGCUCUGGUAAUAGCUUCACAUGGAAUAAUAAACAAGAAGGCAAUGACAGGGUGUUUGCAAAGCUGGAUAGAGUUUUGAUUAAUGAUCAGUGGGAGGAGGUAUAUCAUAAUGUAGGUGCUGCCUUCCUUAAUGAAGGGGAAUUUGAUCAUUCCCCGGCAAUUGUAUCAGGGAAUGAGAGUCAUGGGCAGUACAAGAAGCCCUUUAAGUACUUCACAAUGUGGAAGCAAUCACCUCAAUUUGAGGAGCUGGUGAAGAAAUGUUGGCAGGAGAGGGUGAUGGGAAAUAGGAUGUAUGUUGUUACUCAGAAGUUUAAGAGUGUGAAGAAUGAGCUGAAGAGGCUUAACAAGUCUGGUUUUCUGGAGAUACAGGCUGAUGUUAUUAAGGCAGCUGCGGACUUGGAAGAUAUCCAAAGAAGAAUGCAUGAAGAUCUGAGUAAUAUUUAG